AUGCCACCACUUCGUCAGCGAUCUGGGUACCAACAGCAACAAACGGACCACCGUUCGUUCUGGUGGUACGAUCACCGUGCUUUGCUCGGACUUAUAAUGCUUCGGCACGGCGGUGGAGUUUCCCGAUCUGACUGUUUCGGAUCACUUUUAGUGAUUUUGGUGUCGGUUAGGAUGCUCCUGUGUACAUCCACAACGUCAAAUCGCCUAUCGAUGACUCCGACAAAGGUGCUGCUUCGACCACCUGCGCGUCGACCUCCCUCGCUUAAUAGUCAUCAAUUGGGAGUGGUGGAUCCUACCAUACUAGACGAACGAGUGUAUACUAAUCCUGAGCCAUGCAAAAAUCGACGUGACUAUAUUGUGACGUCCAAUGACUUCAGCAACGCAGUGUAUGGCGAUAACAAGUACAUCGAGUCCAAGUAUACAGGCGAUCACUUGUCGCACGAAGCCUAA